AUGACAGCUCGUUCGUUUGUCCAGACCGGUCGCAAGAUCGUCGCCAUCGGGCGCAACUUCAGCGAGCACGCCAAGGAGCUGGGCAACGCGGUCCCCACAAAGCCGUUCUUUUUCCUCAAGCCGACGUCGUCGUACGUCACGUCUCCAGGCACGAUCGAGAUCCCUGCCGGCUGCACAGUCCACCAUGAGGUCGAGCUGGGCGUGGUCAUCGGCAAGUCUGGGCGCGACAUCCCCGCGGCACUAGCCUCCGAGCACAUCGCUGGGUAUGCGCUGGCGCUGGACCUGACAGCGCGCAACGUGCAGGAUGAGGCCAAGAAGAAGGGCCAUCCGUGGUCGGCGGCCAAGGGCUACGACACAUUCACACCCAUCAGGGACCCGCAGAACGUGCGUUUGUGGAUUGAGGUGGCCGGACAGAUCAGGCAGGACGGCGUCACAGAUGCCAUGAUCUUCCAGAUCCCGCAGCUGGUCGAGCACGUCAGCAAGAUCAUGCGCCUGGAGGAGGGCGACCUGAUUCUGACCGGCACCCCCAAGGGUGUCGGCCCCAUUCUGCCCGGUGAGACCGUUGUUGCGGGCCUGGAGUCCGAGGGGACCGAGCUCAGCAGGAUUGAGUUCCAGGCCGUAGCCCGGGAUUAGCGGUUACGGCUUGUGAUCGCUAGCAGAUGACGUGGGCUGCAGGAAUUGGCUCCCUGUGCAGCGCGUCCACCUGGCCGUAUAAAAUGGCAGGAGAGAGGAAACUUUCCAGCCAGCCUGCGCUUUCUUCUUAUCUUGCUAUCUUUCUUUGCAAUAGACCAAUGAUUACCAGGAG